UUGCUAUCCCUUGCUGCAUGACUCUUUUACACUCCUAAAACUCCUCCUUGUUGCCAUCCUUGCUCAAAUGCUCUAGUACUGUCGGCUAGAUUCCUUCUCGAAGAACUUGAUCAGUACGAGCUCAACAACAUGGAUGGAGUGCUGAGGAGUGAUGUAAAGGUGAUGGAGAGUCCUACUCCAAGUUGGAGAAUGAGGAUUUAUGAUGUCUUGCUUCGCUUUUUGGGGUUGGCCUUCACUUUUGUUGCUGCAGUUCUGGUGGGUGUUACUAGGGAGACCAAGAUUAUCCCUAUCACUAUUUCACAAGGCGUACCCGUCUUGCAUAUUCCUUUGACGGCUAAGUGGCAAUACAUGUCUGCUUUUGUGUUCUUCUUGGUGACAAACUCCGUAGCAUGUGCGUAUGCAGCAGGAUCUUUGGUAUACUCUGUGGCAGCCCGAAGCUUCAAACACAUGAAUGCAGCUUUGGCACUAAGCAUCCUAGACCUGAUCAUGAUGGCUCUUCUCUAUUCCGCCAAUGGGGCAGCGGCUGCUAUUGGGCUCGUUGGCCGCGACGGCAAUUCACACGUGCAAUGGAGAAAGAUCUGUGAUGUGUUUGAUGGCUAUUGCCACCACUUGGCAGCUGCCCUAGUCCUCUCUCUUAUUGGGUCUUUUGCAUUUCUUGGGCUCGUUCUUCUUUCCGUUUUGGGCCUCCACAAGAAGUCAAAAUAAAAAUAAAGAUAUCAUGCGAGGCUCUUGGAAAUUGAUUGUAUGGGAUUAGGGUUAGUGUAGGGAAACUUUGUUCUGUUGCAGUGCUUGUAAUUAGUAGUACGUAGUAAAUGCUUGCGGUAUGGGAAUUAAGGACUACAUAUAUAUAUUUUUUUAUAUAUAUAUAAGUAAAUGCUUUGAUGAUCUGUAGCAAAUUUGAAUCUUUGAUGCCGAGCAGCAGCUGGCCGUUGGUGUGGUUAUUAAUUGCAGUUGGAAUAUUUAUAUAUAUAUAUAUAUAUUAUAUGAUCGAGACAGUACAAAAUAUAUGAAUUUGAUAUAGGAAAUUGCAGCUUUAAUUA